AUGAAACUUUUGACAUCGCUCCCCUGGCUUGCCUUCCUUGUGGCAUUCAUCCUGUCCUGUGGAUCAGAGUGUGGAAUCGUCCGGGGUAAGGCGAGAUCUAAAAGAGACUUGGUGCGCAUUAGGGAAGCCAAAGGUACCUUCCCCGGGGCGUGUGCCACACGACUGCCCCGGGGAAAGCGUUCUCUCCCGGGAAUGGAACGGCGGUCGCCUCGUCAGUCGCAGGCUGGCUCUUCAGGUCGACAGAAAGCAGUAUAUUUCACCGGCAGAGGGGACCAACUCCGACUCAAGCCAGGUGUUGAGAUACCUAGAGGAAAUUUUACCCUGGAAAUGUGGAUCAGACCAGACGGGGGUCAGCGUUCACCGGCUAUAAUAGCAGGUCUGUUCGAUAAGUGCUUCUACGCCUCCAGUGACCGGGGCUGGCUGCUGGGCAUCAGGGCCGCGGGCGAGCAGGGCAACCGGGACCCGCGCUUCUUCUUCUCCCUGAAGACCGACCGCGCCCACAAGGCCACCUUGGUCAGCGCUAACGCCCGCUACGUCCCGGGCCAGUGGACCCACCUGGCGGCCACCUACACGGGCCAGCAGAUGAAGCUGUUCGUCAACGGCGCCCAGGUGGGGGUGAGCCGCGAGCAGUCGGGCGAGGUCUUCAGCCCCCUGACCCGGAAGUGCAAGGUGCUGAUGGUGGGCGGCAACGGCCUUAGCAACAACUACCGGGGCGCGGUGGAGGGCGUGGCCCUGUGGGGGCGGGCCCGGGAGCAGCGGGAGAUCGCCCCUGCCGCCCGCACCCGCCGUCGCCACGGCGACCCCGCCGGCCUGGUCGUCCUGGAGACCUUCGAGCACCCCUCCCGCAAGUGGCUGUCCAUGAAGGACGGGGUGUUCCCCAAACCCGUGGCCGGCGUCCCCGGGGGGGCUCUGGACACCUCCCUGGACCCCCCCGCCUGCGGACAGACGGUCUGCGACAACGUGGAGGUGGCGGCCAGCUACAACCGCUUCUGGGAGUUCCGCAAGCCCAAGACGGUGCGCUACCGCGUGGUCAACGUCCACGAGGAGGCCCCCUCCCGCCACGGCGGCCGGCUGCCCACGGUCACCGCCAAGCAGAUCGAGCUGCAGCACCGGCACCUGAACGAGGCCUUCGCCCCCUACAACAUCAGCUGGGAGCUCAGCGUGCGCGACGUCUACAACUCGUCCCUGCGCCGCCGCCUCAUCCUGGCCAACUGCGACGCGGGCAAGGUGGGCGACGAGGAGUGCGACCCCGAGUGCAACCACACGCUCACGGGCUUCGACGGCGGCUACUGCCGCAAGCACAAGGCCGACUGCCCCCCGGGCAGGCCGGGCGACGGGGCCUGCGACCCGCAGUGCAACUGGGACAGCCACAACUACGACGGGGGGGACUGCUGCAACCCCAACGUCACCGACGUCACGCAGACCUGCUUCAACCCCGCCUCCCCCCUCAGAGCGUAUUUGGACGUGAAGGAGCUGAAAGACAUCUUGAAGCUGGACGGCUCCACGCACCUCAACGUCUUCUUCGCCAACUCCUCUGAUGAAGACCUGGCAGGGGUGGCCACCUGGCCCUGGGACAAGGAGGCCCUCACGCACUUAGGUGGGAUUGUGCUUAACCCCUCCUUCUACGGCACGUACGGUCACACGCACACCAUGAUCCACGAGAUGGGCCACAGCCUGGGGCUGUACCACGUGUUCCGCGGGGUGUCCGAGAUCGAGUCCUGCAACGACGCCUGCCUGGAGACCGAGCCCUCCAUGGAGACGGGCGACCUGUGCGCCGACACCAACCCCACGCCCAAGUACAAGCACUGCAGAGACCCCGAGCCCGGCAACGACACCUGCGGCCGCUGUGCCUUCUCACACACGCCCUACAACAACUACAUGAGCUACACAGACGACGACUGCACCGACUCCUUCACGCUCAACCAGGCGUCCAGAAUGCACUGCUACCUGGACCUGAUCUAUCAGUCCUGGCAGCCCGACAGCAAGCCCCCACCAGUGCCUCUGGCGCCCCGUGUGGUGGAGCAGGAGAACGACGCCCUCACGCUGGAGUGGUUUCCACCAAUCACGGGCCAGUUCUACGACAGAGAAGUGGGAUCUGUGUGUGAUAAGUGCACAGAGGGGCGGGUCCUCCUGCAGUACGCCUCCAGGGCCUCCUCGCCCCGCCCCUGCGCCCCCUCCGGACACUGGAGCCCCCGCGAAGCUGAGGGUCCUCCGGACGUGGAGCAGGCCUGUGAGCCCAGCGUUCGCACCUGGAGCCCCAACGCCGGGGCAGAGCCAAGCAGCGUGGGGUCUCCGCCCUGCCCCCAGCAGGGCUGCAUGCUGCAGCUGGAGUUUGCCCACCCCCUGGUCCCCGAUUCGCUCACGGCCUGGGUCACCUUCUUCUCCUCCGAGGACACGGCCCCGCCCGCCCUGCACGACGUGGUGCUGCUGACGGUGUCCGGGGGCAACGUGUCGCUGGGCCCCAGCGCGCUGUUCUGCGACACGCCGCUCACCCUGCAGCUGGACGUGAAGGACCAGGUGUACGGCGUGCAGUUCUACACGGCCGAGCAGCACCUGGAGAUCGAUGCCACGCUGCUCUCCUCCAAACCAGACUGCCCUCUGUGCAGGGGCUGUGCCCCGCUGCAGUACCACCUCCUGCGCCAGCCCGCCUUCUCCCACGCCCCCCAGGGCCUCCGCCUGCCCGCCACCAGCCGCAGAUACCUGGACAGGGACGUGGAGCAGGGGGUGGAGUACACCUACCAGGUGGUCACCGUCUCCGGGCGGGGAGAGAGUGAACCCUCGCCCGCGCUCACUCACCAGCUGGGGGUGCACUACUGCGGCGAUGGCCGGAUCCAAAGCGUUUCAGGGGAGGAGUGUGAUGACAUGAAUGGCAUGAACGGGGACGGUUGUUCCAGCCGGUGCAGGAAGGAGCCGCUCUUCAACUGCGUGGGGGAGCCCAGCCUGUGCUACUUCUACGACGGGGACGGCGUGUGCGAGGACUUUGAGCGGGAGAGCAGCGUGCGGGACUGCGGCCUCUACACGCCCAGCGGCUUCCUGGACCAGUGGGCCACGGCGGUGGAGGCGUCCCACGAGGAGCGGCUGUACUGCCCCGCCGAGGUCGCCGUGGGUUACCCCGCCGUCACCAAGACCUGCCAGUCGCGUGUUUUCGACCUGUCCGACGGGAUAUCCCAGUACGCCUGGUUCCCCUGCCGUGAGGCCGAGCUGUCCUCCUGGUACCACCAGUACUGGCUGAAGGCAUACUUCUCCCACCCCAUGGUGGCGGCUGCGGUCAUCAUUCACCUGGCAGCGGACGGGACCGGCUACAUCGACCAGACCCAGUGCAACAUCACGGUCCAGCUGGUGGACACCAAGGAGCAGAUCCACAGCUUAGGUGAUUGGCGGCUCAGCUGCAGGAACAACCCCCUGGUCGUCCCGGUGACCCAUGACCUGAGCGCGGCCUUCUACCACACCAAGGCCAUCCUGGUCCUGUUCCGGUCCAACCUGGUGGCCAUCUCUGGGGUGGGCCUGCGGUCCUUCCUGUACUUUGACCCCAUCACCAUCAGCGGUUGCCAGAGCAACGAGAUCUACAACCCCAUGGGCCAGAGCUGUGUGCAUUACUCGUGCGAGGCGAUCGACUGUCAGGAGCCGGGGGUUCGGAACGCCGAGGUGAGCUGCAGCAGCCCAGGGUACUUCAACGGGGCGCGCUGCACCAUCACCUGUAACCGUGGAUACGUGCUGCAGAUCCAGCGGGACGAUGACAUCAUCAAAACACAGUCAGACUCCACGGCGACCAUCACCUGCGCCGACGGGAAGUGGAACAAGCAGGUGUCGUGCGAGCCGGUGGACUGCGGCAUUCCCGACAAGUACCACGUGCACCCCGCCCUCUUCCACUUCACCGAGGGCACCACCUACGGCAAGAGCUGCAGCUUCCAGUGCAAGGAGCCCGCCCAGCUCGUAGGCUCCAACAGCACCCUGCUGUGCAUGGAGGACGGCCUGUGGUCCUUCCCCGAGGCGCUGUGUGAGCUCCGCUGCCCCCCGCCGCCCCCGGUGGCCAACGCCGCCCUGCAGACCAAGCGCUGCAACGGCACGGGCCUGAAGGUGGGCACGCUCUGCAAGUACAAGUGCCAGCCCGGAUUCCACGUCGCCGGCCGGCCCAAGAGACGGGCGUUUAAGAGACAGUGUACCGAGGACGGGACGUGGCUGGAGGGCUCGUGCCAGCCUGUGACUUGCGAGGCCCCCCCGCCCAUCUUCCACGGGGUGUACCACUGCACCAACGGCUUCCGCUUCGACAGCGAGUGCUGGAUCGACUGCGAGGACACGGAGCACUCUGCCAGACCGCAGGCCCCCUGCAGGCAGGGUGCGGGUGCCAACGUGAUCCGGUGCAGGAAGGAUGGGACAUGGACUGGGUCCUUCCAGCUGUGCCCCCAGAUUAAGGGACAGUGCUCCCUGCCCCGGAACCUCAACGCCCGGGUACGACUCAGCUGCAAGAGGGGCUACGGGAUAGGUGAGGAGUGUGAACUGUCCUGUAAGGAGAGGAUCAACAAUGUGGUCAUUCUGCCUGGCAACAUGACAACGGAGCUCUUAAAGGAACAGCACUGGGUGAACCCGGAAAAGGUCAAGAGCAUCGUCUGUACGAUGGGGCUGAAAUGGUACCCGCCCCCUGAAGACCUCCACUGCAUCAAGGGCUGUGAGCCUUUCAUGGGUGACAACUACUGCGAUUCCGUGAACAACCGGGCCUUCUGCGACUACGAUGGGGGGGACUGCUGCCAAUCCACGGUCAAGACAAAGAAGGUGGUCCCCUUCCCCAUGUCAUGUGACAUCAGAAAAGACUGCGCCUGUCUGGACCCCAAGGCCCAGGAGAACGGCAAAGGCGCCCAACCUCAUUCGCUGGGCUGAGCCCCGCCCCGUUCUGACCCCGC